CUGCUCAAGGACACCCCGCUCACCGUCAACCCGGCCACGCCGCUGGCCCGCCGCCCCGGCCCCGUGUCCCUCCCCUACGACCUCGACGCUCUCCCACAGGACGCCACAGGCCUCGUGCAGAGCAUCCGCCAGACAGAGAUCCCGGCCCUCGACGCCGUCGCCUCGUCUGCCACGGCUGCCACUUCACCUGCUGCCGCCGUUUCAUCUUCAGCUGCCCCUGCCAGCUCCCUCCCCGUCGACACCUACGCCGCCUGGGAGAGGGACAUCCGCCGCCAGAACCCUGGCUUCAACACAGCUGCUUACGUAAUGGCUCCCACAGUGAGGCGCUGACUAUUCUUUUUCCCUGCACUCGGCGACUGGGCCUGACGGACAGCCAAGAACAGGACAGACAAGAGCAGGACUUGGAGAACGAGAGCAGGGAUGUCCGGGGGUUACCCCGCGUAGCAUAUAGCGUGUGUACAGACAAACAGCAAGCGCAGCAUCUCCGCCAUGUCGUACAAGCUCUACUUUUCCAACGACACCACGCCGGCCGCCCUGGCGGGAAACCUGAAGAUCGCCAUUGCCUCUCAUGUCUUCGACAAGUCUGCGUACGGGUCUCUCCAGAAAACCGCCGAAGAGAAGGAGACCGUUGACGAGGGCACGCUCUCGAACAAGAAACACCCCGUGUUGCUUGACACCAAGAACCACUUCCACUUGUUCCACGCCAACACGAUCGUCAAGUACUUGAAGGUCGUCUCGAAGUCGGAACAGGCGUCUCUGGACGAGCACCAUCUUGCGUACGAGCCGGUCGAGGCCACGCUCUACGGCAUCGUCAAGGCGAAGAGCGUCUCCGAAGACGAGAUUAAGCCUCUCGUCGCCGGUUUCGCCGAGGCAGACGCCCACUCCGUCAAGCAGAUCCUUGUGUUCUCGUCUAUCUACCCGUUCAUCCACAAGAACGAGGCUGUCUUGAGCAAGUUCCCAUGGUUCAAGGACUUUGCCUCUCUUCCUGAGGUCUCUGCAGCAGUCGAGUUCACGUUGAAAAACACACGGUUGGUCAGGGUCCCGGAGAAGAACAACGGCGUCUCCCACGUCAAGUCGGGCAUCGAGAUCCGCAAGGUCGACGGCAAGUUGGCUCCUAAGGAAAACGAACGUAACAUCCUGAUCACCUCUGCCCUUCCCUACGUCAACAACGUCCCGCACUUGGGUAACAUCGUCGGCUCUGUGCUAUCGGCAGACAUCUUUGCCCGUUAUUGCAAGGACAGAAACUACAACACCUUGUUCAUUUGCGGUACCGACGAGUACGGUACUGCCACGGAGACCAAGGCUUUGGAGGAGAAAGUCACCCCGCUGGAGCUCUGCACUAAGUAUCACAAAAUACAUAAGGAAGUCUACGACUGGUUCGACAUCGGGUUCGACUACUUUGGCCGUACAACCACCGAAAAGCAGACCGUAAUCGCUCAGGACAUCUUCAUGAAGUUGCAUGACAACGGCUAUCUUGAGGAGCAGGUCAUGAGACAAUUAUACUGUCCAGAACACAAGGGUUAUCUUGCCGACAGAUACGUCGAAGGUGAGUGUCCAAAAUGCCACUACGAAGACGCGAGAGGUGAUCAGUGUGACAAAUGUGGUUGUCUCUUGGAUCCGUUCGAGUUGAUUAACCCUCGUUGUAAGUUAGACAACGCCACCCCUAUCCCAAAGAACUCCAAACACAUCUUCUUGUCUUUGGACAAACUAGAACCAAGCUUGAAGAAAUGGGUCGUGCAGGCAAGUGAGGAGGGCCACUGGUCCAAAAACUCCAAGACUAUCACCAACUCUUGGCUGAAGGAGGGUUUGAAGCCAAGAUGUAUCACCCGUGAUCUUGUAUGGGGUACUCCCGUGCCUCUAGAUGGCUUCACCGAUAAAGUCUUGUAUGUCUGGUUCGAUGCAACCAUUGGUUACAUCUCGAUCACUGCAAACUACACCGAUGACUGGAAAAAAUGGUGGAAAAAGGACAACAAGACCGAUGUUAAGCUGUAUCAAUUUAUGGGUAAAGAUAACGUUCCUUUCCAUACUGUCGUUUUCCCUGCUUCUGAAAUCGGUACUGGUGAUAACUGGAACCUUCUAUACCAUUUGAACACCACCGAGUACUUACAAUACGAAGGUGGUAAGUUCUCCAAGUCUAGAGGUGUUGGUGUCUUCGGUAACAAUGCCAAAGAGACUGGGGUUUCUCCUUCUGUGUGGAGAUACUACUUGGCUUCCAUCAGACCUGAAAACCAAGACUCUCAAUUCUCAUGGACGGAGUUUGUCACUAAAAACAACUCUGAAUUGUUGGCUAACUUAGGUAACUUUGUCAACAGAAUUGUCAAAUUCGUUAAUGCCAAAUAUAACGGUGUCAUUCCGAAAUUCGACGUGAGCAAGUGUCCUAACUUUGUUGGAACCGCAGAGAAAGAAAUAAACGAAAUACUAUCGACCUACGUCGACGAUAUGGAGAACAGCAGAUUGCGUAAAGGUUUAGAAACUGCAAUGCAAUUGAGUUCUCGUGGUAAUGCCUUCUUGCAAGAAAACAAGUUAGACAACUCCACUUUCGAGAAUGAACCUGAAAAGGCAGAUGCUGUUGUUGCCAUCGGUAUCAAUAUGGUGUAUCUUGUCAGUUCUGUUAUUGGCCCUUAUAUGCCUGAAGUGAGAGAUACAAUUGCAACUAUCUUAAAUGCUCCAAAGUUGGCUAUUCCCGAUAAGUUUGAGAUGUGGAUCCAAUCGGGACAUUGUAUUGGCAAACCACAAUACUUGUUUAAUAGAAUCGAUGAAAAGAAAAUCGAAGAAUGGAGAGGGAAGUUUGGAGGUCAGCAGAAAAAAUGAUUUAAAGGGUCAAAUCAUU